GUUUAACAUGUCAUCUAUUUUGAAUAAAUUUAAGAAGCAGACAACUGCUGAUACUCCAAACGGGAUAAAAUUGGAAAAUACCUCUUUUGGUCAAUAAGCUGGAACUUAUUAGCCACCAAUAAUCCCUGCUGUGUAAUUAACCUAAUCUAAUUAACCGAGACAAAAAGGAAGACCAGGUGGAGGUAAGAUUAAUUGCAUAACAACAAGGUUGGGAUGAUGAACCUUAGCCUUAACCAUAACAAAUUAGUGUAUCAAACAAUAAAGCAACUAACUCGAUUAAUUUAUUGAACGAUACUCCACCAAAAUAAAAUAAUGAUUAAAAAAUUAAUCAAGAUGUUCUUCUGCCUCCUUAACCUGCUUUAGGGAAUAUUUAAUUGAGUAGAAUUACAGAUUACAAAAGAGGCCAGCUGUUAACUUACGAGGAAUUAGAAUUAGGAGGAUUGUAUAAAAAGUUUUAAUUCUUAGUGAUUAUGAAUUUCAUCUUGUAGAUGAAGCCAUUAAAUUAGGUGGAAUAAAGUUAAAGCAAAGUGAUAAUGUCUUAAAAGAUUUUACUAGAGCCAUUGCAACUAUUCAAGAAUAACUUAUAGGAAGCAUACUUUUAAAUAAAUUGCAUAGUGAAGACAACUGGAAAGUGUAGAUUGUAAGAUUUUCAUUAAAUUAUUAGAGAUGCAUCUAUGCUAUUCAAUAUAUAUGUUAAUAAUACUAAAAUUACAGAGAAUUCUUCUAAAUCAAUUAAUAAUAUUUGAGGGUAGAAACUGAUCAGUAAUUACUUUCAGGAGCCAUUGAUUAAACAUUAGCUGAAGUUAAUGGUUAACAAGUUUAAAAGCAAAAAGUAAAUAAAAUUAUUAAUGUAUAAGGAAUUUUAAUUUGAGUUUAGAGAGCCACCUAAAACAUAAUAAUAACCUGUUUAAAACUAACAGACAAAUUUAAUAGAUAUUUUGGAUGUUUCUAAUAAUGAUUAGUAAUAAUAAAAGCAACAACAAUAAAAACUCAAUUUAAAAUAACUAAAAAUUAAAUAGCCAACUGCUUAAACAUAAUAAUAACCUAUUGUGUAAUAAUAAUAACCUAUUGUGUAGUAAUAAUAAUAAAUACAACAGAAAAAUACUUAAUAAAUUAAUUUAUUGGAAGUAUUUAGUGAGAUGUCUUUAGAAGAUUAUAAUUCAAAAUAAUCCUAACCAACAUAAUAAUAAUCAUACCAAUAGUAUUCAUACUAGCAAUAACCAUCAAAUUAAUAAUAAUAAUAAUAGUAAUAAUAAUAAUCGUAGUAGACUUAGAAUGGAAUAAGUUUUGAUGAUUUACUUAAUUCAUAGACACCAAAUCAAUAGUAGGCAUAGCCAAAAAAAAAUGCAUUUGGAUUCUUAAAAAAAGAUUAAUAAUAGCAAUAAUAGACAAUGUAAAAUAAUUAAUAAGCUCAGCAACCAAUUAAUUUACUCUAUUCUCCUCAAUAAUUUUAUCAAUAACCAUAAAUCAUUAAUUAAGUGCCGCAAUAGCAAUAGUAAUUUAAUUAUAAUCAAUCUCAAAACAAUUCAAAUUAAUAGAUGUAUUUACAACACUAGACCCAAAUUAACAAUCAAUAAUAAUCCUAAAAUAAUAAAAAGGAUCUAAUUGAUUUUCUAAAUAUGUGA